UCCUUCAUCGCAAUGGCAAAAGCCGCCAAGGCUUUCUUCUUUGUGAUCUCUCUAUUUUUCCUCCUGAAGGGGAUUGAGAGUGGUUAUGACGAUAACACAAGUAAAAAGUUGUUUGUGUUUGGAGAUUCGUAUGCGGAUACUGGAAACUUAGGGAGAGUAUUGGGGCGGAAUGCACGUUCAUGGUUUGAGCCUUAUGGCAUGACCUUCCCUAAGAAGCCGACGGGUCGCUACUCUGAUGGCCGAGUUCUCUCCGACUAUGUAGCUUCUUUCAUGCAGAGCAAGUCCCCAAUUCCUUACAAGAUCAGGAGAUAUGGCCCAACCCUACUCCCUUAUGGUAUGAACUUUGCGGUCUCCGGCAGUGGUAUCUUCGAUACCGGCAACUUCCAGAGCAACCUUAGCACUCAGAUCGAUCAUCUUCAAUCCCAAAUCGAUGCCGGAGUCUACUCGAAUGCUAGCAUUCGUUCCUCCACCGCGCUAGUCGUCGUCUCUGGCAAUGACUAUGGACACUUCGGGGAACAAGAUCCCAACUCUUGGUUGCACAUUCACGAAUUCAUACGAAAAUUGUUUGCACAAUUCAAAGUAGAUUUACUUCGACUACAAGAAAUAGGGGUCCCCAAGGUAAUGGUUACGAACUUGCAUCCGAUCGAGUGCACGCCAAUGCAGACUAGACCUAGCAACUACACGCUCUGCUCGCAAAACAUCUCCCGAAUCGCCUACGAGCACAACCAUGCGAUGAACAAACUCGUGUUGGACUUGCGGAGAAGCAACAAUUCGAAUACCGAUUUCUUAAUUCUCAAUGUGAAUAAAGCCUUCUUGAGCAUACUCCACCAAGUGAGAGGAUCGACCAAGAUGAAGUAUCCUUUGUUGCCUUGUUGUGAGAGUAGCUCGGAAAAGACCCUAUGUGGAUCCUUGGACGAUAAGGGGCAAAAGUUGUACUCGGUGUGCCAACAACCGGAGGAGCACUUCUAUUGGGACUCGUUGCACCCGACACAAGCCGGUUGGGCCGCGGCCUUUGAGUACCUCAAGCCAACCAUCAAAAGGUUCCUCUGAUGAAUAAAUUGUUGGUGAUUUCUAUAAAAUAGAAAAUAACGGAAGGAAUAAGGAACUUGAAUUCUUGUUCAAUUGUGUCCCUUUAUAUAUUGACGUUUUUGAUCUUUGAAUGAAAGGUUAUGAUUCAAACCGCUAGUCAUACCAAUUCAGUAGUGUUUAUGCUGCCCUGCUAAUGAAGUGGUUAGUUUAAUA